CUGCAGCUCUUUCACAGACUCAGCCUCUGUCAGAGCAACGCUUCAGCUGAAACAUGAGUGGACGAGUGGGAGACCUGAGCCCGAGACAGGCUGAAAUCUUAACAGAGUUUCGUGGGAGGAUCCAGGACAUCCUCCCCAACCUGCCUGCACAGCACGACCACUACCUCCUCUGCUGGCUCAGAGCCCGUAGCUUCAAUGUUGUGAAAGCUGAAGCCAUGAUCAGAAAGCAUGUGGUGUUCAGGAGGCAGAUGAAAGCAGACACCAUCAUCUCUGACUGGAAGCCUCCAGAGGUGAUUGAGAAGUAUGCGUCCGGAGGAAUAUGUGGUUACGACAGAGAGGGGAGCCCCAUCUGGUACGAUGUGAUUGGUCCUCUGGAUCCUAAAGGUCUGCUGCAGUCAGCCUCCAAACAGGACAUACUGAAGACCAAGAUCAGACACACGGAGAUGCUGCGACAGGAGUGUCAGAGGCAGUCGGAGAAGUUGGGGAGGAACAUUGAGGCCAUCACUCUGAUCCACGACUGUGAAGGCCUGGGACUGAAACACAUAUGGAAACCUGCUAUUGAGACCUAUGGAGAGAUCCUCACCAUGUUUGAGGAGAACUACCCAGAGGGGCUGAAGAGGGUGUUUCUUAUCAAAGCUCCUACACUGUUUCCCAUGGCCUACAACCUGAUCAAGCACUUCCUCUCUGAGGCAACACGACACAAGAUCGUCGUUUUAGGAAGUAACUGGCAAGAAGUUUUACGUAAACACAUUGACCCAAAGCAGCUUCCUGUGGUGUACGGAGGAACCCUGACUGAUCCCGACGGAGACCCCAGCUGCAGAACCAUGAUCAAGUACGGCGGUAUAGUACCCAGGUCGUACUAUGUUCAGGACUCAGUAAAGGUUCAGUACGACAAUAGCGUGACCAUCAGCCGCGGCUCCAUCUUCCAGCUGGAAUGUGAUGUCACUGCACCCAGCAGCCUGCUGAGGUGUCAGUUUGCCAGUGAUGGAGCAGAUAUCGGGUUCGGAGUCUACCGACGGACCAAAGACGGCGGCGGUGAGAAAGUAGCUGAGAUGCUGCAGGUGCUGCCCAGUGAACGCUACAAUGCCCAUCUGGUCCCUGAAGACAGCUGGCUCACCUGCCCUGAGCCUGGAGUCUACGUGCUGUGCUUUGAUAACAGCUACAGCUUCCUUCAGUCUAAGAAGUUGAGCUACAAAGUCGAGGUUCUUCCUCCUCCUCUGGACGGACAGAUGCAGAAUCCUUGCAGCAGAGGAGACGGGAGGCUGCAGUGAUCAAGUGCUCACCUGAAAACCCUGAUCCCUGAUCAGUGCUCCUGCCUCGGGGAUGGAUUAACCCUCUUUCGGGUAACCUGGACAAAAAAAGACAGGUGGACUAGUAACCUCUCCAUUCCCUCCCUCUGUUCACUGUGUAUGUAUAAGUUUGUAAUUAGUGAUUAAUAUUAACUUGAUUUAAGAGUUUCUGAACAGCAGGAAAAGCAAAUUAGCAUCAAUGAAUAGCUGUUUACUUACUGGUCAAUCAGAGCAAUCUGAGCUCACCAUCAAACUAAAUCAAUAACUCGCGUUUUAUUGUUGCUUCUAUGACUUCUGUGUGUGACAACGUUUUAUAACCUCUUGUCUUGUAAACACAAUAAUACCUGGAGUUCUUGUCAAGUGACCGUCACCACCACAGUCUCCAAGAAGUCGACUGUAAACUGGUUGUUAGAGGGUAUAUGUGAACAGAGUGAGUGACGUCACGGUGCACUGACCACAGCAAGGUGAGAAAUCACACCACAGGAGAUUGGCCUUAACAAAAAGGUUUCAGCUUUUGUUAUGUUGCCUUUUAAACACACACUUAUAUCAGGACAUGUAAACGCGAGCUCAACUGAAGUAUUUUACACAUUCAUAUUCGGUUUACCCUUUUAAAAACAAAUGCACUUCAAACACAUCUUACAAUCCACUGUCAUUUGUCUCUCAUAACGCUAACAACCACUGGGAUCACAACAUGUAUCACAACUCUUUAAAGUAGCACCCUGAUUAUGCAUAUAUCCAGAUGCCAUUCAAAUAAAAGAACCACACAUCCUAAAGAAUAUAGAUUUUCUACCUUGCAUCAUAGUGUGAAUCAUAGAUUUUGCACUUUACUUCAGGCUUUGAUUUUCUUGUAAAUAUACAGAAUGUUGCAGAUAUCUGUCUAAUUUACUUUUUAAUUUACAGUCUAAUUCUGUGUUAUGUUUAAUUUGAAACACUUGUUUUAAAUAGUCUUAAAUGGACAAAUGAAGUGUAAAUACAUCAUCAUCUUUGAGAGCUGUUGUGUUGCUUGUGUAGAGUGAACAUUUUGAAAAAGUGAGGACAGUACUGAGAAAUGUUUGCUGUAAAACAACCUAUGAUUAAAUUAUCAUGAAUACUGUAUUGUUCCAGACCCUCGACUGAAGUGUUUGUGUUUGAAUUGUGUGUUUAAAAUAAGCAAAACCGCUAACUAGGACAACACACACACACACACACACAUACAGUGCCUUGCAUAAGUAUUCACCCCCCUUGGACUUUUUCCCAUUAUGUACUGUUACUAACUGGAAUUCAAAUAGACAAAUAAACUUUUUCCCGUUUGAUCAACAAAACAUGCAUAGUACUUUGGAGGUGCAAAAUAAAUUUUAUUGUGACACAAACAAUAAUGAGAACAAAAAAGUUGACAUCUGUUGGGUGCAUAAGUAUUCACCCCCCUGUGUCAAUACUUGGUAGAACCCCCUUUCGCUGCAAUUACAGCUGCAAGUCUUUUGGGGUAUGUCUCUACCAGCUUUGCACAUCUAGAGAUGGAAAGGUUUGUCCAUUCUUCUUGGCAAAAAAGAUGAAGCUCAGUCAGAUUGGAUGGAGACCGUCUGUGAACCGCAAUCUUCAAGUCUUGCCAUAGAUUCUCUAUUGGAUUGAGGUCUGGGCUUUGACUGGGCCAUUUUAAGACAUUAACAUUCUUUAAUCCAAACCAUUCCUUUGUAGCUCUGGCUGUAUGUUUAGGGUCAUUGUCCUGCUGGAAGAUGAACCUCCGCCCCAGUCUCAAGUCUUUUGCAGACUGCAUCAGAUUUUCUUCAAGGAUUUCCCUGUAUUUGGCUCCAUCCAUCUUUCCCUCUAUUCUGACCAGUUUCCCUGUACCUGCUGAAGAGAAGCAUCCCCACAGCAUGAUGCUACCACCACCAUGUUUCACUGUUGGGAUGGUGUGCUCAGGGUGAUGGGCAGUGUUGGGUUUUCGCCACACAUAGCGUUUUGCAUUGAGGCCAAAAAGUUCAAUUUUGGUCUCAUCUGACCAGAGCACCUUCUUCCACAUGUUUGCUGUGUCUCCCACAUGGCCUCUGGCAAACUCCAAACGGGAUUUUUUAUGGAUCCCUUUCAACAAUGGCUUUCUUCUUGCCACUCUUCCAUAAAGGCCAGAUUUGUGGAGUAGUCGGCUAAUAGUUGUCCUGUGGACAGAUUCUCCCACCUCAGCUGUGGAUCUCUGCAACUCCUCCAGAGUAACCAUGGGCCUCCUGGUUGCUUCUCUGAUUAAUUUUCUCCUUGUCCGACUCUUCAGUUUGGGUGGACGGCCUCCUCUUGGUAGGUUUGCGGUUGUGCCAUAUUCUUUCCAUUUUCUUAUGAUGGAUUUUAUGGUGCUCAGAGAGAUGUUCAAAGCUCUGGAUAUUUUGUUAUAACCUAACCCUGCUUCAUAUUUCUCCACAACUUUAUCCCUGACCUGUUUGGUGAGCUCCUUGGUCUUCAUGAUGCUGUUUGUUCAGUAAUGAUCUCCAACAAACUCUGAGUCCGUCACAGAACAGGUGUAUUUAUACUGAGAUUAAAUUGCAGACAGGUGGACCCUAUUUACUAAUUAUGUGACUUGCAAAUGUGACUUGUGAAUGCAAUUGGUCGCACCAGAUCUUUGUUAGGGGUUUCACAGUAAAGGGGGUGAAUACAUAUGCACUCAACACUUUUCAGAUUUUUAUUUGUAAAUAAUUGUGAAAUCCAUGUAAUAUUUCCCCCCACUUCCAAAUGAUGCACUAUUUUGUGUUGGUCCAUUACAUAAACUCACGAUGAAAUAAAUUUUAAUCUGUGGUUAUACCAUGACAAAAUGUAGAAAAGUCCAAAGGGGGUGAAUACUUAUGCAAGGCACUGUAUAUAUAACAUGUGUGUACUAUGCUGACUGUAAUGUGUUGAAAUUAAGGAUCUUAGUGCUCAGUACAAAAUAAGUAUGUGAAACAAAUGAAUGAGAGUUUGAAUUUAUGGAAACUGGUUACUUUUAGCUUGCAUGGGAAUGUUACUCAUAAUAAAGUCCGAAAUUGUAUAUUCAUA